UCUAACCUUCUAAUGUCUCAGGUGUGCACUGGAGCUAAGAGUGAGCUUCAGUCCAAGCUUGCUGCUCGGAAGUAUGCUCGUAUCAUUCAGAAGCUUGGUUUCCCUGCCAAAUUCAAGGAUUUUAAGAUUCAAAAUAUUGUUGGUUCUUGUGAUGUGAAGUUUCCCAUAAGGCUUGAAGGACUGGCUUACUCCCAUGGUGCCUUCUCUAGUUAUGAACCAGAACUGUUUCCUGGUCUGAUCUAUCGAAUGAAGCAGCCAAAAAUUGUGCUUCUCAUAUUCGUUUCAGGCAAGAUUGUUCUUACUGGAGCUAAGGUGAGAGAAGAUACUUAUGCUGCAUUUGAAAAUAUAUAUCCUGUACUGACAGAAUUCAGGAAGAUCCAGCAAUGAUAGCAGAUUGAGAGGGUGGACUGCCAAGCUGUACAUAUAAACAUGAAGAGGAUGAAUAUUGGUUAUUUAUUUAUUUUAUUUUUUUAUUUUAUAAAUCUAGAUAUUAGUUAUAAGUGGAUUUUGAG